CAAGAAAGUAUGCAACAGAUGAUGAGAAGCUUUUCUGAACCUUUUGGAAGAGACAUGUACAGCAUCUCUGAUGGUAUAGGAAGAGCUCUUAAUCGUAGGAGAUAUGAUGAUGAUAAUGGAAAUGCCUUGACUUUAAUGAAUAAUUCUCUUGUGCCAUUUGGCAGUUUUAGUGGCCUGCAUACAGAUGUCAGCCCUUUUCAGGCAAUGGAUCGAAUGAUGUUAAAUAUGCGAAACAGUAUGCAGGAAUUGCAAAGAAACUUCGGUCACCUUUCAAUGGAUCCAAAUGGACAUUCAUUUUGUUCUUCCUCAGUUAUGACCUACUCUAAAGUAGGUGAUGAACCACCAAAAGUUUUCCAGGCCUCAUCUCAAACUCGUCGGGCUCCAGGAGGAGUGAGUAUUUUCUAA